AAAUCCAAAAGAGAAAAGUAUAACAUUACAUUAUAAACUUUGACACUAAAAUUAUGGCGGCUGCUUCCUCUCCAGAAAAUGACUUCGAAUGCACCUAUAAGAUCUUAGUCCUUGGAGAUAGUGGUGUUGGAAAGACAUGUUUGAUAUUUAGAUUUACAGAAGAUAUAUUUUCAGAUAGCUACAUAUCUACGAUUGGAAUUGACUGUCGCAGUAAAGUUGUUGAUCUUGAUGGACAAAAAGUUAGGUUGCAGAUAUGGGACACCGCUGGACAGGAGAGAUUUAGAACUCUAACAAAUGCAUAUUAUCGAGGUGCAAUGGGUAUAGUACUGGUCUAUGAUAUCAYGACUGAAGACUCUUUCACACAUAUUUCUCAGUGGUUACAAAAUAUUCAAGAGAAUGCCUCUUCCGAUGUCUGUAAAGUUCUUGUAGGAAACAAACUAGAUGCAGAAGAUGAGAGGGUCAUAGACACCACUCGUAGCCAGUUGUUAGGUGCCACGGCAGAAUUAAAGUUUUUUGAAGCAAGCGCCAGAACUGGAGAAAACGUCUCAGAGGCUUUUAUUGCUGUCGCAAGACAAAUCAAAGAACGAAGACAACAACAGGAAAACAGACUAAGAUACAGCGAAGGUUUCAAACCCAUUAUAGCAGAAAACGAAAACAGAGAGCAGAAGUCUUGUUGUGGGAGCUAGUUAGCAUUGUGGGAAUUCUCGAUUUCAAAAAAAAACAACGUUUUUCAAAAAACGUUGUCAUCGCCAAAGGCGAUAGGCAACUGGGGAUAGGCGAAAAGCGAUAGGAGAUAGGUCAUUGCAAGAUCCAAGAAUAGCUGGAAUGAGUUGUGUUUCUGCUUCUUAUUCUCUUCUUGGUGUUGAGACUCCGUCGGAAUGACCUAUCGCCUGUCGCUUUGGCGACGACAUCGUUUUUUGAAAUAGGUGUAUAAAUCAUGAAUCUAUUAAUGGCACUGAAGCUGGUAUUUGGGAGUUGAGGGAAGGAAAUGGGGCCGAUAGUAAAUGUAACUAGAAACGCACCCAAUCUAGAAAGAUAAGGAUGGUACGUGAUGGUUAUGGUGGUGCCCGGGGGGGGGUUAUCUUUUAGGGUGUUAAAUGCGAAUUUUUUUAAAUCAGCAUUUUCUGGUAUCUCUUAGGGUGUUGGAAAAGGAGAGAAGCGCGCAGCGGUAUGGAUUAUCCUAGGCGCUUUUUAUAUCAAAUUUAACAUUUUUUGUUGCGGUAUCUCUUGGGUUAAAAAUCAUUCAGCCACGCCCUUUUUUAAAGAAUUCCGGUAUCUUUUAGGGGUCUUUUUGAAAAUUUCUGAUGAGCAUCCCUGUUACUUUUUUCCUGGAGUCUCCCCCCCGGGGUUUUGAUAGCCUAAUUUUUGUUUAUAUAAAUGUUCACAAAAACUAAUUAACUGUAAAGCUCCUUAUAUAAUAGAGUUUGUUUGUAUUCGAGUUUCUGUAAUUUGGUAUAUAUUGAAAAUAGAUACUUCAAAACAA